CCUCUUCCGGCUUUCACCGGAAAUGGAAGAGUUCGUCGAGUGGGCGCCAUCAACAACAUGACGGCGUCUCUUCAAAAAUGACAUUUUCCUCUUUGUAAUGUGUUUAAUCACAUUACAACACAAGUUGGCGUUGCCACCAUAGGUAUAUACUUUUUAGAAACGCACAGUCACAGUUUCCGGGCUUGGACCGACCGUUUGGAUUCAUCACAUUAUUUCCACCUCUUUGAGCUGCAGGCGGCCGGUUUUGGUCCAGUACUUGUGGAGAGAGACCACCCAGAGGUUUUCCCUGACCAGCUCCAUAUGUCUGAAGACUCAAGCAGUGAUGAAGAAUGGUAUGAAUCCACAAAAAGGCAGGGGCAUGAUGUACACCCAGAGCCAUUGAAAUGUUGGGAAUGUGGCAAAAAAUUCAGCAAAAUAAAAACCUUGAUGUUGCACUACAAAAGCCAUAAUAUCAAAGCCACCUGCCACAUCUGCAAGGUUACUUUCCGACGCCUGACGUCCCUUUCUAUGCACCUGGAUAAUGCACACUUGCCACCCCUCUGCAGAAAGUGCAAUCAGUAUUUCAGUAACUCGUGGGAGUUGAACAAGCAUGCAGAGACACAGUGCAUCGGCUCUCCACUUCAAAAAGCUCUUUCUCUGAUUUCUACACCCACAUAUCAGAGUCAGAACUGUGACAACUUUCCUAUUGACAGGACUGCACAGCAAAACACAAAGUCAGUGCAUCGUGACUCAUUGUCCAAGUUGAGUUCUCAACAAAGAAUUAAGAUGAGGCCUGAGAGAGCUGCGACAUCUGAAAACACGGUUGAGUAUACAGUGAGUGAAGAUGAUAAAGAUAUUGACAUGGAAAGUGAAUCUGAGAAAGCAGAUGACUCCUCAAGCACUGAAUCUGAUGACGAAGAUAAGACACACGCUAAAUCUUCAGGCUUGUGUCCAGAUGAUCCAGAAUCAGACAGUGGCUCAAGUUCCUCUGAUUCUUCAAGUGACUCCUCUUAUAGUCCGCAUUCUAAAAAAGACCCUGCAGCCCUUGCUAGUGUUAAUAGUUCAUUAUGUGCUGAAUGUGGAAGAGGGCCAUUUCGGUCAAUGAAGCUCCAUUUGUUGCACUGUAGUGGUGUGCGGGUAAAAUUUCAAUGUUCAGUGUGCAAGAAGCUCUUUCUAACUGAGACAUGUCUUAAGGAACACUACAUGCCUUUGUAUUCCUGUGAAAUCUGUAGCCAAGUUUUCCCUCAUGAGAACUCGUACCAUUGCCACCAGUGUCCCAAGGGAACCAAAUCACCUCUGGCCCUCUUUUGUUCAGAGUCGAUGCCGCCAGCGUGUAACAUAUGCAAAAACUUUUUCACUUGCGAGAAAACUCUGUUAAACCAUGUCACCAUAGUUCACACGUCAGUGGUCAGCACCAAGGUGUGCAUUAUUACCAAUCCAUCCGCAUUGACUGACACAAAGGUUUCACCAGGUGUCCUUGGCUCAGCAGUCCAGUUAGCCAACAGUUGUCCAAUUGAGGUCAACCAGGUCAUGAAUGGAAAACUCUGUGUUGGUCAAACCUAUGCAGGGUCUCUGUCCAGCCCUUCCCCUGUCUCCACCUCCUCCCACGCAGACGGACCGUGUGCCACUAUAUGCAUGGCGUCCUCUGCUGCACCUGUUAGAUCGGUGAAAGACGGCGCCCAAGGUCCAAAGAACCAGUCUUUAAGCCGUCAUCCUGCAUCUUUAAUUGUCCUUCCUGGUGCCACCGACACAAGUCCAGCCCCUGCAGCCUCUGACCCCAUCACUCCGCCAAUGCCCUCGAUUAUGGCCUUGUUUGAGAACGACAGCCACGACGUGGCCAUGAUGAAACGUAUGAACACAGGCUGGCGUUCCAAGACCCCUUACCCCUGCAGGCAGUGCGGUGCCAUCUUACGGCAGCCCUCCUUCAUCAUCAGCCACCGCUACCUCCACAGAGGCCACCGCUCACACAAGUGCCAGUGUGGUCGAGCUUUCAAGCACCAGCUGCACCUGCUGCGGCAUUGCGUUCGGCACGCGGAGACCGCAAGCUACAUCUGUGUCAGCUGCGGGGAGACUUUCACAGGAGCCAAACUCUUUGCUGAGCACAUGAGAGGCAAGUCACGGAAGAAAUCCUUUUCUGGACGUACAUGGAAACGUAAAGUUAAGAAAAAGUGCCGGAUGCCCUUUACUUGUGACUGUGGACAACUUUUUUUUAGGCCUUCGGCUUACAUAUGGCACCAACUUAAAAACAGGACCAAAACUAAACAAUUGAAGAAGCCCUUGAAAUGACAAAGCUGACACAUCCCUGGUUUCUACUUGGCUUUUAAGUACUUUUCUGUGUGCAGUGCACAACACUUUAAAACAAAGUGUUGAAUCAAGAAGAUUGUCGCUACAGUAUUUUGUUUAAUUUUGAAUGCCAACAUUUCACGCAAAAUCACAUUCAAACAUUCAAAUGCAUUCAUUCUUCAUGUAUUUUAAUUAUAAGAAUGUCCUGGAUGUUUGUUAACAUGUUUUCACCUCGUGCAAAUGACACAUGAUACAGAUAAACAAGUUCCUCUUCUUUUCUUUUGACAACACACAAGUGUCCAAAUUAAUCCACAUGGAACAAUUUCCAGUAUUGGAUUAAAUUAAGACAUCAACACUCCAGUUUAUCCUCCAGAGUAAGAGUUAAUCCAGUUUUGCCAUUUUUCUUCUCACAAAGUGCAUUCUUAACAGUGAGGUUUGUAUUCGAUUCCUCUUGCUUUUCAGAUUUGUUUUUACUCCAGCUGGUUCAAAUGUUAUGAUGCUGUGAGACAUUAUAGAGGUCUUAGUAUUUAGGUUGAAAUAGCAUGUCUGUUUUUGCAGUUGUUAUAUAAUCUCCAUGAUUUCAAUGUCAACUCUCCACAAUAUUAUGUAUUUCUUUUAUUCACGUCCACUAGAUGGGGCAAUUGGGUUGCGCUCAGAAAACUCGCACCCAAGUGGCAUUGUUCUCAGAGCAGGUGUAAAGAUAAUUGGUGCAGAUAAUUACAACCAUAUAAGUAAACAUAAAUAUAUGAGUUUGAGUUGUUAUCUCUUAUAAGACCAAGGAUUUACAGUUUAAAAUAAAGUUUUCUUCCCACAAUACUUGAA